UUUACAGUGCGCAGGUUAGAUCGCAUCUCUGUAGAGUUUGAAUGGAAACAUCAGCGCUUGAAUUUUCACAUCACCUGUUAAGAAAAGCAUCCUGACUGUACGUGUGAGCACCAAUGGACAUCCUGAAGUCUUUAGGACACCCGGAAGAGAUCUACAAUCUCUGUAAAUACAAAAUAGGAGGCUACCGUUCUGUAAUGCCAAAAUUGGAUUAUGACUCCAUGAGCGAAACCCUGCGGACCUGCUACGUGUAUCUGAACCAGACGAGCCGGAGCUUCGCGGCGGUGAUUCAGGCCCUUGACGGGGAACUACGGCAUGCGGUGUGUAUAUUCUACCUGGUUCUGCGGGCUCUAGACACAGUUGAAGAUGACAUGACGAUCCCGCUGGAGAAGAAGGUCCCGUUACUGCAUGACUUUCACAUGUUCCUCUAUCAGCCGGAGUGGUGCUUCACCAAGAGCAGAGAGAAAGACAGACAGGUCCUGGAGGAUUUUCCCACGAUUUCAGUGGAGUUCAGGAAUUUAGGCCAGCAGUAUCGGGAUGUCAUUUCAGAUAUUUGUCACCAGAUGGGUGUUGGGAUGGCAGAAUUCCUGGAGAAGAAAGUUGGAUCCAUGAAUGAGUGGGACAAGUACUGUCAUUACGUGGCAGGUCUGGUUGGGAUCGGACUGUCCCGUCUGUUCUCAGCGUCUCAGCUGGAAGAUCCCGAGGUGGGUCGGGACACAGAACUGGCGAACUCCAUGGGUCUGUUUCUUCAGAAGACCAACAUCAUCAGAGAUUACCUGGAGGACCAGCAGGAGGGACGAGCCUUCUGGCCACAGGAGGCCUGGAGUCAGUUUGCAUCUCGUCUGGAAGAUUUCACUCAGCCACAAAAUUUGAGCUCUGCCCUCUCCUGUCUCAAUCUGCUGGUGACAGACGCCCUCCAUCAUGUCCCUGAUGUCAUCACGUAUCUGUCCCAUCUCCGCAACCAGAGCGUCUUCAAUUUCUGUGCCAUCCCGCAGGUGAUGGCGAUAGCAACUCUUUCAGCAUGCUAUAACAACCCUCACGUGUUCCAGGGCGUGGUGAAGAUCCGUAAAGGUCAGGCGGUCACGCUCAUGAUGCAGGCCACAAACAUGAGCGCUGUUCAGAGUAUAAUUGCACAGUACAGUCAGGAGAUCCUGCAGAAAGUUUCCGUCACGGAUCCGUCACAGGAAAAGACGCUGUGUAUCUUGAGUCUGAUCCGUGAGAAGAGUCUUUCUCCAGCCAUGCUGUCGUCCCGAGCGCAUCAUCUCUCUCCGGUCUAUGUGUCAGCCGUGAUGCUGUUAGCGGCUCUCAGCUGGCAGUACCUCAACGCCACGGCCGGACAGCCACCAGGGGGCGCCGAUAUGCAGAGACACUGAGACUGUACCUGAAUUUACCUGAAUUUAGUUCAGCACUGCUGGGUCACACGGACACAGAACGCCCUACAACCGCCCGGGCAACUGCAGCUGUCAGGCGAAUCUUAAAAAGGGAUUGUGGCGGUAUUUUUAGUUUUUUUCUAAUUGAGUAAAUCUCACAGAAACAUGUCUGGGUUAUA